AUGGUCAAGGGAGAGCUUGUGGAGGCGAUAUUUGCAAAAGUACUUGAGGAGAAAGAAUAUCCAAUUCACCCAGACAAUGUGCAAGAAUUUUGUGCCGCAAAAGAGCGUGAGGAAAGCAGGCGUGUGCAAAUUGCCAUUAUUCCUUUGAAGAUAAGUAUUAGUGAUCUAUUGGAGCCUGUUACGCCCCUUCUCCGCCCAAUCAGCGAUUUCUUGUGCACUGAUUACGGCACAAAACACGUUGGUCUCAUGGUUGGUGAUGUUUUCCUUGAAUGGGGUCAUGAAGGUCUGGUUAAACCGGUUAUUCUUAAAGAUGGUGAAAAUGGUGAAAAAGUUUACCCAAAUGGUGAAAAAGUUUACCCAGAUGGUGAAGUCCGUGACGUUACCAAAGAUUGUCCACAUAACAUCGCAGCUGAUAAAAAGGCACCUCACGAUAGUUUACAAUUGAAAACAGCAACAGAAGAAGAUGCUUAUCUUCGUCAGUUUAUAGAGGACAAGAAAACCAUUUUUAAAGAGCUAGCUAAGGUGAUUUCAAGGUACAAUACCAGGUUUCACUACCAUCCAACAUCCCGUAACUGCCAAGGAUUUGUUCGCGAUGCUCUGAAGGCCCUUGGAAUUGAUAACAAACCAGAAACUCCUCAGCCAAAUCCACAGCUUCAAGAGCUUCAGUCUAAGAAGAGUAAGAGUAUGCCAUCAGGUUUCCCCAGGCAUGAAGAUCUUGAUGCUUAUCUCAUGAAUCAAACGCUAGACUGGUUUGAGAAAUUGGACGCAGGAAGCUUCGAGUUCUUAAAACGUUCCUAUUCGCUUUUCCAUGGUGAUACUGCCUGCGACAGGCCGACCUGCAAAGCUCGUAUUUUGGAUGAUAGAGUUGCUAAUAAACCACCAACUCCCGAACCAAAUCCACAGCUUCUGUCUAAGAAAAGCAAGGGUGUGCCAUCAAGUUUCGCCAGGCAUGAAGAUCUUGAUGAUUAUCUAGUUGAACAAAAGCAAGAUAAUUUUAAAAAAUUGGACGCAGACAGCUUUGAGUCCCUACAACUUUCUUAUUUUCAUUUUCAUGGUGAUGAUGUGUGCCACAGACCAACCUGCCAAGCUCCUCUUCUAGCUGAUGUGUUGGGCGCCACUUAAACUUAUAGGUCCAUACUUUUAUAACAUUAAUUUGCUGUAGAUCUUUAUUUUGUAUUCUGUGUGUAGCCAUAAUUUGUAUGUGCCUAUAAUAAUUAUGUCGCUUCUACAUGUAUAAUUAAUCAUUGCCUUUUUUGUAACAAUUAUGUCAUAUGCUUGAAAACUCCCUGUCUCAAUGAAUAUCAUCAACUGCUUAA